GGUGAUCCUGGACAUCAAAAUGCUCUCUGGCUUUGUCCCAGACCCAGAGUCUUUGAGGAGGCUGAAUGUGGUCUCCUCACAGCUCAAAGGUGCCCUGCUGGUGGAUCGUGUUGAAGAAAAGGAAGAUCACGUUCUGGUGUACAUAACGGAGUUAACGAAGGACAUACCUAUCAACCACAGCUUAGACCUCCUACAGGAGCUCCCAGUGCAGAACCUGAAGCCAGCCGUGGUCAAGAUCUAUGACUACUACCAGCCAAGUAAGUCAGAUACUCA